UAUGUUAUAACCAAGACCACCAUUUCCAUCAGGACAGAUGGAUUUAAUUUUAGGAAAGACUGAAAACUAUGGAGCAUUAUAUUUAAGUGGCAUAGAAGCAGCUAUGAAUCCAUUAUUAUUGUAAUAAAACUAAAUUGGAGCAGUGCUAACAGUGGGUACAGAGUUGGCUAACCUCAAAUUUGAUUGUGAAUAAAAAGUAGUUAUGCUGACCAUCUUUAGUUGAUUAUGUUACAUGAUACUGCAUAUGAUCCUAUAAGAAGACAUUUUGAGGAGGCCAUACAUUUUAUUGAAGAAUAACGAAAAACAAAGAAUGUUUUAGUCCACUGUUUUGUUGGUGUUAGCAGAAGUGCUACAUUAGUGAUAGCUUAUUUAAUGCAAACGUAUAAUUACUCACUUCAAGUUGCACUUACAUUCCUCAUUAGUAGGAGACCUUAAAUAAACCCAAAUCCAGGGUUUAUGUAACAACUAUAAUAAUUUGAUUUUGAAUUAAAUAAAAGAAGAUAACAAAGACCUGCAAGUACUUAAUAUAUUAGAUGUUAUAAUGAAAGAGAUAGAAGAGAAUCUAUGGAAGUAAGAUCAACAAGAUAAAUUCCAAAUUAAAGUCCAUUAAAAAGAGUAAAUUAGAAAGCUAUGUCAGCUAAAUCAUUAUUUUUGACUCCUAAAAAAAGUGAAGCUUAAAAUUAUUUUAAUUCUACUCCUGCCGUUAAACCAAAUAAUUCAAUAGAAAUUAAAUAAAUUAUAAAAAGUGCAUAAAAUUUGGACAGUGCUGUCUUAAGAUAAUCAAAUUAUUAUGGAAAUAAUACUAAAAAAUUAGCUGAAACUGCAAUUAAUGGAUUUAAAUCUGCUUCUUCUUUCUGUAAGACAUUCUCAAAUCAUUUUCCUAUGGCUAAAAACUAAAUGUUAGCCUAAACAUAAACACUAUUAAAGAGAACUCAAGGCUCUGGAUUAUGUCAAAAGGGAAGAUAACCAAUAAGAGCUUAAACCAAGAUUGAAUAUAAUAUAUGAU